AUGGUAGACAACACUUCUACUCAUGUUCGAAAAGUUGGUGGUGUUCGAUUUACUGUCGAUGCAAAAGAUUCAUCAAGCACACAUGAAGAAAAUUCACUUAAGACUGCUGAAUUACAGUGGGAACAAUGUUGUAAUAAUAAAUGUUCGUUUGAUUUAUAUUUUGGUAUUUUAAAACUUUCCCAUAGUUAUACAAUAACAAUGGAUGUUGUUUUUCAUCAAGCUCCUAUCGAACUAGAGACAAUUCUCGAUCAUCAACAAAUAGACGGGUUGCAACUAUUGGUGACUGAAUUUCCACAAUUUCACUCCAAAAAUCAAAUCAGUUUUGAAGUUGAAGUUGUAAUUAAUCCAGAAACUAUAUCUGGACCUUUUCAUCGAACCUUUCUAUUGAGAGAAACAUCAACAGCACAACAAAGAUCUGUUACAGUAAAUGUGCGUGGAAAAAUAUUACGCGAAGGUCAAGGAACAGCAACAUUGAGACCUGAAGUUCGUAUGAAAUCAAUAAUAACAAAAGACAAAGAAGACGAAGAAUGA